AUGGGGUGCAAAAGUGACCUGGCUGACCAGCUUCAGGAGGAUGGCAGUGAUGGAAUGAAUGCUGUUGCUGCUGAAUAUGAAGAAAGCAGCGAAGAAGAAGAACCAUUUGAACGUGAAUUCUACGAUGAUGAUGAUGACGACGAAGACAAUGUGGGUGAGCCAGACACACAAGCUGUGGAUCCUUGUGAAGAUCCUGUGGCAGAAGAAGAGGAGGCUAAUGGAGACGAACCUUGCAAUGGCGUCACCCCACUUGAAGAUGAGGAUUCCAGUUACGAUGAACCUUUUGUUGAUGAACUCUGUUAUGAGGAAGAAGACAGUGGCGAGCAGGACUCAUAUUAUGCGGAACCUUUCACGGAUCAGCUCUGUGAAGUGGAGCCAUGUGAUGUUAAGGUGGCUCAUGCGGAAAACUUUGUGAAGAAGAAGUCCAGUCCUGUUCAGGCUAUCAAGAAGGAACAAAAUAAGGAAAAGGUCCUAAAACAGGCACUAGGAAAGGGCAGCAGCCAUGAGCACAAGGCAGUACCAGUGAAUGAUGAAAUUGAAUUGAAGCCGUUCAAGAAACGAUUGUCUGUCAGGUUUGCUACUGAUGUGUCUUGUUACACAUACAGUGCUGAAAGUUUUGGUGAUGCCAAGUUGGAGAAAAGGAAAGCUCAGUUUGAUGACCUGGACAGCCGCUUGUGUAAGAGGCAAGAACACACAGUUUCUUUACCUCAUGAAGGUGUCAAGCUGAAAGAAGUGGAUGACACUAACCUGUAUGUGGGUAACCUGCCAGCUUCUGUGACUUCUCACAAGCUUAUCGAGUUAUUUCUACCUUUCGGACGAAUCGUUCGAUCAAAAGUGGCGGAUGAUCGUUUCACUGGUGUAAGCCAGGGAUAUGGCUUUGUGAAGUAUGCUGAACCUCGUAGUGCCACAGCAGCUAUUGAACGCAUGAAUGGGCGCCUGGUUGAUGGGAAAACAUUAGAGGUUAGAGUAGCUGCAGUUCCAGCUCCACCAUCAGUAUCCAAUCCAUCAAUGCAGUCCGUGUCAGAAACAUGCAGUCUGCCCUCGAAAGAAAUCGACCCGAGCUACUUGUAUGUCUGCAACCUCCCCUCAGCCAUGGACACGCUGAAGCUACUCGAGUAUUUUCUGCCUUUCGGGAAAGUAACUGAUAUAAGGAUGCCCAGGGAUCACACCACAGGUUUAAGCAAAGGAUAUGGCUUUGUGAAGUACUCUGAUUCUCAUCAUGCAGCUCAGGCCAUCAUCCAUUUGAAUGGAUUUCUGGUUGAGGGUAAAAAGAUGGACGUCCGGGCGUAUGACCCCUCUCCACCCAGACCCAUCAAGGAAAUCGACAUGGCCAAUCUAUAUGUCUGCAACAUUCCUGUAUCCAUUGACACAAAUAAGCUGGUUGAGCUUUUCUCGCCAUUUGGUAAGAUCACCCAAGCUAGAGUGGCAGCAGACCAAGGAUAUGGCUUCGUCAAGUUUGCCGAUUCUCAGUGUGCUGCCGAGGCUAUCGCACUGAUGAAUGGAUCACUGGUUGAAGGGGAGACAUUAAUUGUCAGAGUUGCAGGCCUUUCAUCAUCAGCAUCCAGCUCAGCUGUACAAGGCUCGCCAAUUGCCUCUCCAGAAAUCAACAAAUCAAGACUGUACGUCACUAACCUUCCGCGGACCGUGAACGCCGAUAAGCUGGUUCAACUUUUCGUGCCCUUUGGUCAGAUCAGCAAAGUCAUGGUCAAUCUGGAGUAUAGCCUAGUGUUCUAUGCAGAUGUAGCCUCAGCGAUCAAGGCUGUUGAACGUAUGGAUGGGUAUCUAAUUGGUGGAAAGAGGCUAGUGGUCAGGCGAUCAGACUCCUCUUGUCCAACCGAUGGAGCAGAGCAUGCUUCCUCACAGUCAGCUGCCAAGCCCAUGAGAGAAAUUGAUAUGGCCAACUUGUGUGUUGCCGGCAUCCCACCGACGAUGACCGGCGAUCAGCUGGUUGAGCUUUUCCGGCCAUACGGGCAAAUCGUGCAAUCUCGGAUGUUUCGUGGGUAUGGCAUGGUUAGGUACCAAAACCCUUCGUCUGCCGCUGCUGCAAUUGAUCAUAUGGAUGGUUACCUAAUUGGAGGAAGUACCCUGGCUGUGAGAGUGUCAGGCCUUCCUAACCCCGUCGAUUUCAACGCUGCAGCAAACGCUCCUCUAACACUGCAACUGCAACAGAGGCCUGCCAAUAUCAUUGCUGCUGCAACAAAUCCCAUGGACUUCACCGCUGCUGCCACAAAUGCUGCCCCGACACCACAACUGCAACAACCGCGGCCUGCCAACGGGCCGCAGAAACAAAUCGACAUGACCAACCUAUAUGUCUGCCAUCUCCCGCCCUACGUCACCACUGAAAAGCUGAUAGAACUCUUUCUGCCAUGCGGCCAAAUAACUCAAGCCAAGGCAGUUGUUGACCUAUGCACUGGUGUGUGCAAGGGAUAUGGGUUUGUCAAAUUUGUUGAUACUUAUGCUUCUGCCGUGGCCCUCACUUACAUGAACGGUUACUGGCUGGAGGGGCACAUCUUGGAGGUCAGGAUAGCCGGUGUCCAUCAAAGCGCUAUGGGCGGCUACAUGGCGCAUCUCUACUCCCAGUUCACAGUCCCUGAUCCCUCAAUGACGGCGAUUGGAGUACCAACAUCGUCGUGUUGGCCAUACCAUUGUGCUGCCGAAUCAGUAGCAUACACCGCAGAGAACCAGGGCCAGGGAACCGACGCUGCUUCUCAAACAUCUCAGCCGCCUGAAUCUCUGUCAGCCAGUUCAUCAUUUGCUCCUGACAUGGAAUGGUCUCCUGUGUCCUCAACCCAUCUCGCCGACACUAGUUCUCAGCAGCAACACUUGUCAAGCCAUGUCGCCGACACUAGUUCUCAGCAGCAACACUUGUCAAGCCAUGUCGCCGACACUAGUUCUCAGCAGCAGCAACAACCUUCAGCAGGCUGGGCCGGUCCGCCUGGCUUCGAGCCCUCUCAUGCGCAUGCGGCGGUCUCUCCCCCUCAGCCGCCGCCGUCAGCAGUACCUUGGGCUGGCCCGCCCGGCUUCGAGCCCCAUUCCAUCCCCAAGAAGAAAGAUGCCGCCACCGCAACAAAACCUUCCCAGCCUUGCUCCAAGGUCCAUCUGGCACAGUCAGGAGGCAGCCAGAAAAGGCGUUCGAUUGUCUAG